AUGGAUGGUGACGCCGUAUUACAGGAUAUCAUUUUACCUGAGCUGAAUGAUACCAAUGAGAGGCAUUCAACUGGUUUUGUGCAUUCGGGUACACUUAAUCGGCUUCGAGAUGACCCGCAAGCAAAUCGACGAUACGCUGAUGAUGCGUCAGUUUUCCUUGAAGAGAUACGGGAAGAUGGGUCGUCGUCGUCAUCCAGUGGAAAGCGCGCUCAUCUGCCAACAAUUAUUUUAAUUGCAGUUAGCGUUAUCGCUUUAGUAACUGUGUUCACGAUAAGUGAGUUUAAUUCGCUGGAAUCUCAACGGAUUUGUUAUAUUCAAGUAUCCGUAUCCCUUUGA